AGAGAGAGAGAGAGAGAGAGAGAGAGAUCAAUCAUCGUGGCGAAGAUGAAUUCCGUUUUCCCCGUCGACGAAAUCGGCGACUCCUACUGGCAGCCGCCGCCGCCGCCGUCGUCGGCGGCCGAUCCCGCACCGGGGGCGAUGGGGAGGAGCCAAUCGGAGUGGGCGUUGGAGAGUUUUCUGGCCCAGGUGACGUGCUCCGGCUCGAUCUCUCCUUCCGCCUCUUCGAUCGCGCCGCCGCCGACCCCGGGGCGGCCGGGGGAGGGAGGCGUUCUCGAGGACGUCGUCGAGAUCAAGAAGCCGAACGGCCAGCUCGCGCAAUUGAACCAGCCGCAACCGCCGCCGCCGCCGCAGCCGCAGCCGCAGCUGCAGCCGCAGCCGAAGGUGCCGGUAAAUCCGGAUGACAGCCACGCUUUCCUCAAGAGUCGGCUCGAGAUGGCGUGUGCUGCCGUCGCUCGCUUUAAUGAGGGAACCAUGAAGCCAGGAGAGCCUAUUGGUUAUCCCAAGAUGCCGUUACAGGCUUCAAUUUCUACACAGUCAGACUUCCAAGCUGAUGGUUCUGGUCAUGGUGUGCCAAUACCACAAGGUGCAGAUAGUGGAUCAUUAGGCAUUUCAGCCUUACCCACCAUACAAAGAGAUUCGGGUGUGCAUGUUAAGCAAACAACAAGUGAGUCAUCGAGGGAGGAUUCAGAUGAUGAAGAAUUUGAAGGUGACACGGGAACCACUGAAAACAAAGAUCCUGCUGAAGUCAGACGCGCCAGAAGGAUGCAGUCAAAUCGGGAGUCAGCUAGGCGAUCCAGAAGAAGAAAACAGGAGCACAUGAGUGAACUUGAAAACCAGGUUGGCCAACUGAAGGUUGAGCACACUGGACUACUGAAGCGUCUCACUGAUAUGAACCAAAAGUAUGAUGUAGCAUCAGUUGACAACAGAAUUUUGAAAGCUGACAUUGAGACAUUACGAGCAAAGGUGAAAAUGGCUGAAGAAACAGUCAAGCGGGUUACUGGAAUCAAUCCACUUGUCAUCGCUAUGUCAAAUUUGCCUAGUUCAGACAUCCCAUUUGGGAGCAGCCCAAUGGAUUCAUUCACAACUGCUGCUACGCCGAUGCAACCAAAUGCCGACCACUUCUUUCAUCAUGCAGCUCCUAAUAUAACCUCUAUCAAUCCGCAUCACCCAAGAUUUGACAGCAGUGGCUUCCCCAGGAACAACCCACUUCCAGUGCUCACAAACAUACAAGCCGAUGCCAUUUCAAACAAUGUGGCUCCCGUUUCAUCGAUGCAGGGUGUUCCCGGGGCCCCCGGGGCUAUUCCUGGUUGGAGCUCAAACAUUCCUCCUCCAUUGGCAAACACUAACAUUAAACAUAAGUAGACCCCGCCUGGCAUCAUUCCUUUGUCAGUCGAUAGAAUCUGCUGAAGUAUCUCUAUCUCUACCUGUACUUCUGCAUGCAUCUGGAUUGUCAAUGCAUCUUUUAGGGUGUGCAACUAAACUUUAGUCCAGCUAAGGAGUAUGUCAUCUGGUGUCACACUAUGUUAUGUAGCCUAUGCAUUAUAAAAUAGGAGGGAAAAGGAGGAGCAUUUGAUGGAAGUUCUCGCGAAGCCUUUUGUACUUGCGGGAUCUUCUUGAAGUGCAUUAAUUGCUAAACGAUGUCCGGGGUAUUGAAGCAGCAGGUUCAUUUAUAUGCCUGCCUUUUCAUUACUCUUAAGUGCAAUCGCUCGGUUUGGUUUGUGAAGGCUGGCCCCCUUACCAUGAAAUAAUAAGGAGGUAGCGAUCACCAUUGGGGUCUAGCUUGUACUUCUAGUUUGUGUCUGAAGGAAAUUUCCAAGGUUCCUCUUAACAUUGUCUGGUUUAGCUUUCCUAAAGAAAGUUUUCCUCUCUCA